AUGGCCACCAGCCCCGCGCCGACGUCUCCCCAGUCUACAGGGACAAACACACCAACUCAAAAGGGGCCGGCCAGCAGAGCCUGUGACCGAUGCCGCCGGCGAAAAGCAAGGUGUGAUUUUGCAGACUCCGGGGAGCGUUGCACCAGCUGCAGGGAGUCAGGCACUCAAUGCACCUUUGAUCUCCCCAUUGCUCGCCGAGGUCCCAAAUCCCGCACAAGGAAGCCCCAGUCCCAGUCUCAGUCGCUAGCGGAGGCGAGUUCCACAGCGGAAUUAACGGCGCCUGCUAGCGCUACUUCGUCAGCUCGGUGGGAUUCCAACGCUGUCGAUCUUGGCCUUUCGCCGCCAUUGAUGGUAAGGUCUGUGUCUGGUGAUGCGACGGUUCAACAGCGAUGGCAGCAUUUAUCGAGGGCAUUGUCAUUCAUCACGAAUGACUUGCAUCAAUUCGUGACGCGAUGCUUCGAUCUGUUCUUCGAGUACCUGUAUCCACUUACGCCGCUGGUCCAUGAACCAAGUCUUCGCGAUUCUCUGUCGUGUUUUACGCAGUUUCCGAUAUCCGAUAGCUUCAAUGGCGCUGGAAUAUUGGAGCUUUGGCCAGAAACUACCUUCACCCUCAUAACAGCCGUUUGUGCCGAGGCCGCAUUUCUACUUCCCAAGGACCUCUUUCCAGAAGGCCAAUCCGUGGCCGACAUCUUUCUUAAUGCUUCACGAGCCUGUUUGAAUCAAUAUCUCGAAGCAGAGCUGGAAAACCCAAAUGCGAACUCCAUCACUAUUCGGUAUUUCCAUUCUAAUUGUCUCCAUGCGGCCGGAAAACCCAAGUAUUCGUGGCAUAUCUUUGGAGAAGCCACGAGGCUUGCGCAGGUUAUGCAAUUGAAUCUAGAAACAUCUCUUGAAGGCUUGCAGCCUGUAGAGGCUGAGCUCAGGCGGAGAGCUUUCUGGAUUGUGUACAUGGGCGACAAGUCAGCGGCGAUACUCAACAACCGCCCAAUCACCAUCCACAAAUUCUCAUUUGAGUCGGGGAUUACGACGGCCUAUCCUUCUGGCAUCGAGGAUGAAGCACCAGUUCUUUCGCCUGGAAAUCUCGUCACUAACUCUGAGGUCGUUCGAAUCACAUGCAUUGAAGGCUUCAACGCCAAUCUACGUCUGUGGCAGAAUGCGUCUGACCUACUAUUGGAGCUGAGACUGAUCCAAGAUCGAGCGCAGCAAGAUUUAGGAUUAACAAGUCUCCAACCACUGAUCACCGCCAACGAGAAAGACCACCUCGAUGCUCUUUAUGUCCGCUUCAUCACCUGCCUCGAUGAUCUUCCCCCUUAUCUACAAUCAUACACAUUUGCUGCACUGGCGGAUGGUUCAAGAGAAACUACCAAGCAGUUCCUGAUCCAAUGCGCAAAUCUGCAGGUGUCUAUCCAUUGUCUCAGAAUGGUUAUUACCCAAAAGCUAGAAAACCUACCCUAUUAUAAGUCCGAUAUUGGACACUCGGAUUUGCGCAAGACUGAAAUCGCACGGGAUAUGCUUCGCGUCAUACAAGAAGCUCCCUUUUGGUCAUUGCAAGUAAAUGGCGAACCAUAUGUCGAGAAGAUACGGCUCACAGGGGCGAGUCUGUUGGAGAUCAUACAUAGAAAUGGAUCUUCGCCGAUCGCUGCAAGGGCUCGAAGUGACUUUGCGGUUCUUCUCGACUUGCUUACUCGACUAGAUUCUAAGGCAUCGGAUGCCCUGCGCAACACUUCGGCAAUGGUGCAAUAA